CCGGCGCACUCGGAGCCCGGCGGGGACCGGGAGGCAGAGGCGGGGCGGCCCUGUGUCCGAGUGCGGGAGCUGAGCCAGGCCCGGGGGCCGAAGUUUGCCCGCGCCUCCGGGGGACAGCGCGGGCGUCCAGGUCGUUCCCAGCCCCUUCUCGCGUCCUCGCCCGGGUCCCGCUGGCAUCCCGGGGGACGGAAGCCGCGGCCCGGCCAACUCCGAGGCAGGGACGCCGUGCCGGGAACUUGAGGCCCGAGAGGGAUGUGAAGGCCCAAAAUGACCCUCUUACCGGGAGACAAUUCUGAUUACGACUACAGCGCCCUGAGCUGCGCCUCCGACGCCUCCUUCCACCCCGCCUUCUUCCCCCAGAGUCAGUCCCUCAAGGGCGUCUUCUACCGCCGGGCCCAGCGGCUGCGGCCGCAGGACGAGCCCUUCCAGGGCGGCCAGCCUGAGGACCGCCGCCGGCGGAUCAUCAUCAACGUGGGCGGCAUCAAGUACUCGCUGCCCUGGACCACGCUCGAGGAGUUCCCGCUGACGCGGCUGGGCCAGCUCAAGGCCUGCACCAACUUCGACGACAUCCUCAACGUGUGUGAUGACUACGACGUCACGUGCAACGAGUUCUUCUUCGACCGCAACCCGGGUGCCUUCGGCACCAUCCUGACCUUCCUGCGCGCGGGCAAGCUGCGCCUGCUGCGGGAGAUGUGCGCGCUGUCCUUCCAGGAGGAGCUGCUCUACUGGGGCAUCGCCGAGGACCGCCUGGACGGCUGCUGCAAGCGCCGCUACCUGCAGAAGAUCGAGGAGUUCGCCGAGAUGGUGGAGCGCGAGGACGCGGACGACGCGCCGGACAGCGAGGGCCCCGACGGCGAGGGCGCGGCCGACGGCGAGGGCCGCCUGGGCCGCUGCAUGCGGAGACUGCGCGACAUGGUGGAGCGGCCGCACUCGGGGCUGCCCGGCAAGGUGUUCGCCUGCCUCUCGGUGCUCUUUGUCACGGUCACCGCCGUCAACCUCUCCAUCAGCACCUUGCCCAGCCUGAGGGAGGAGGAGGAGCAGGGCCAGUGCUCCCAGAUGUGCCACAACGUCUUCCUCGUGGAAUCGGUGUGCGUGGGCUGGUUCUCCCUCGAGUUCCUCCUGCGGUUCAUCCAGGCGCCCAGCAAGUUCACCUUCCUGCGGAGCCCGCUGACGCUCAUCGACAUGGUGGCCAUCCUGCCCUACUACAUCACCCUGCUGGUGGACGGCGCCGCCGCGGGCCGCCGCAAACCCGGCGCGAGCAACAACUACCUGGACAAGGUGGGGCUGGUGCUGCGGGUCCUGCGGGCUCUGCGCAUCCUGUACGUCAUGCGCCUGGCCCGCCACUCCCUGGGGCUGCAGACGCUGGGGCUCACGGCCCGCCGCUGCACGCGCGAGUUCGGCCUGCUGCUGCUCUUCCUGUGUGUGGCCAUCGCCCUCUUUGCUCCCCUCCUCUACGUCAUUGAGAACGAGAUGGCCGAUAGCCCCGAGUUCACCAGCAUCCCCGCCUGCUAUUGGUGGGCCGUCAUCACCAUGACGACUGUGGGCUACGGGGACAUGGUGCCCAGGAGCACGCCGGGCCAGGUGGUGGCGCUCAGCAGCAUCCUCAGCGGCAUCCUCCUCAUGGCCUUCCCGGUGACCUCCAUCUUCCACACGUUCUCCCGCUCCUACCUGGAGCUUAAGCAGGAGCAGGAGAGGGUGACCUUUCGAAGGGCCCAGUUCCUCAUCAAAACCAAGUCGCAGCUGAGCAGCAUGUCCCACGACAGUGACAUCUUGUUUGGGAGUGCCUCCUCAGACACCAGAGACAACAACUGAGCCCAGGGGACACUCCCGCCGCCGCCGCCACCAAGACACCCCCAGCCCUGCCUGCCUCCGCGGCCUGAAGCUACUGCCAUCCCUACACGAGCCUUCAAAGGCACAUGCUGCUUCUGAGCGCGGCCCUGGCGUGGGACGGACUCGGGCCACACCCUGGGGAGGACAUCCGCACACCUGCACAUCCGCAGGAGGGUCCCUGGCCCUCUCCGUCAGGAGGUGAAGUGGAAGCUGGUCAGGAGCCCGGCACACAGCCGGGACGGUCCCCCCGCGCCCCAGCCCCCAUGCCUGUUUCCCUCCAUGUGGAGAUGCCUUGUUCUUUCCACCAUGUACGUCACAUGCCCAGCAAAGACUUGCUUUGUGGGUCUGCCUGGAGAAAAAAAAAUACAAACCAACAGCGACA